UAGAUGAGCCUUUGAAUAAAGCUGUAUCACUGUAUAACAAGAGAAAAAGUGAAUUGGAAGCAACUGCUAAACUGGCAACAUAAGCGAUUGAUACACUGAAAGAAAAGCUGACCUUAUUGUCUGAAAAGAAAUGUCAGUUGGAAAAAAAGUAUGUUAAAAUGAGAGAGAAAAAUCCAUCUUUAGUAAGUGCUGUAAACAUUCAGACCCUCAGCGAUGAUGUUAAAACAGACGCUGAAAAGGUUAAGCUGCUCCUACAGUCUGUGACCAGACAACAUGAUUUACUGCAAGACAGGCUCGGUAGAAUAGAAAAUAACUUGCAGCGUCAACGACGUGAAAUUAUUGAAACAAAAAAGGAAGAGGCAACGUGGAAUUCAUGUUUAACUAAAAUACAAGCAAGACUGGAAGAUGUUGUAAACUUAUCAGGUAUUCGCUGCCAGGUUAAAGAUGAGAAGAAUGUGCAGGUGGAAUUUCUGUCCCCACUUGAGAAAAUUGAGGAGGAAUCUUCAAGUGACAAAUCACGACUGAUUGUCUUGUUGGAGGUGUGUGAGGAUCACCUAGGUUUUCUUCAGCUGACCAACGCCAAGACUAACCAAGUGAUCUGUGGGUCAGAAUCCAUCAUUGAAGCUGCUCUGGCUGACAAAGACGUUCAUAAACUUAUUUUGGAGCUGAAAACUCUUUGGUCGUCUCAGGUUCCAUUAAUCACUGAGAUUCAGCAGUUGAGAAAAAAGCAUGCAAUUGACUGGAUACCUGAGAAAAAUCUUCUCUAUCUGAUGGUGAAGAAUAGCUGCAGUGUUGUGUGUACACUAACUGUUCCCCCACAAUACCCUGCUGAGGGUGAUAUUACAUUGGAAAGCAUUAUGGGCCCCAGCAAUGAAAUUACAGUUAAAGAUGUCAAGCCCCCAACACAAACUACCCUUACAGCAUGGAUCAGUCACCUGGAAAACCUACCUUGGAAGAUAAGUUGAUGAAAGAAUCAGGCUAAUAAUAAUAUUCAAAUACACUCAGGUUUUUGAAGCUGCACAAUAUUAGAAAAUAAUGUAGAUUUUUUUUGUGUAUUCUGUAUUUCUACAGGUUAGAUAGAGCUUGAUAAAGCCAGUGAUAUAAACUUUAUGUAAAAGACAUACAUUUGUAUUUCUUUCCUUGUGUUUCAGUAGUUUAACCAAAACUAUAUAUUUCAACCUGGUCAAAACCCAGCACACAAUAAACUCACAAACCUGCACUCUAUCUAAUUAGUAAGUUAUCAACCAAGCUUGUCAUUCUAAUAACAAUAGUCUUUAAACUACUUAAAGGUUCAUAGAAUCGCAUGUAUUUUUGUCUAAAAUAAAUGUACAUUCUGUAAAUUUUAUCAAUAUUGUG